AUGCCCCCUCUUACACUGACGCCCGCCGAGGUAUCAAAACAUAAUCACCUCGACGACCUCUGGCUCGCCAUCAACGGCGCCGUCUACGACUUCACAGACUUUGUCCGCGAACACCCAGGCGGCAUCGCCGUGAUUCUCAAGUGCGCAGGCAAGGACGCCACAGAAGUCUACUCUGAAGUUCACGGGCCCAACCUGGUCAAGUCGACCAUCCCCACCUCGCACCACAAGGGCGUCCUACCCCCGGGAGCCAUCAUGGCGAAGCCUCAACCUCACAAGUGGCCACAGCAGCAACAAGAACCGUCCCACAAACAAGACAGCCAAACACCACCACCGCCAACCAUGCCCUCAAAACCUCCCCUCACCACCCUCAUAAGCGCCCACGACUUCGAAUCCGCAGCCUCCACCUCCUUCUCCCCCAAAGCCUGGGCCUUCGUCUCCUCCGCCGCAACAGACCUCCACACGAAAACCCGCAACGCGAGCCUCUACUCCCAAAUCGGCCUUCGCCCCCGCGUCCUCGUCGACGUCGCCGCUGUUUCCACCGCGACAACCAUGCUCUCCCACCCGAUGCGCGCCCCCAUCUUCUGCCCGCCCACCGCAAUGGCCCGCCUCGUCCACCCCGAAGGCGAAAAGGAACUCGGCCGCGCCUGCAAAUCCGCCGGCGUCCCGCAGUGCGUCUCCGUCUCCGCCUCGUUUCCGCUCGAGGACAUCCUCGCCGCCCAGCGCGAGCACAACCCCGCCACCAAACCUCCCUACGACGUCCCCGUCUUCUUCCAGCUCUACGUCGACAAGAACCGCGCCAACUCGGAACGCCUACUGCGCUCCGCCCAAGCGCAGGGCGUAAAAGCCCUCUUCCUCACAAUCGACGCCCCCAUCCCGGGCAAACGCGAGGCCGACGAGCGCGUAGCCUCCGACGAGUCCCUGGGCUCCCCCAUCUCCGGCGCCCGCGCCGUCAACGACGCCAAAGGCGGCGCCCUCGGCCGCAUCAUGGGCAGCUAUAUCGACGCCUCGGUAAACUGGUCCGACAUUGCCUGGCUGCGCCGCACCGUCCCCGGCCUCCCCAUCGUCCUCAAGGGCGUGCAGACGUGGAUGGACGCCGAGCGGGCCGUCGAGGCCGGCGUCGAGGCCAUUGUCCUCUCCAACCAUGGCGGGCGGAGCCUCGAUACCUCCCCGGCGACCAUCAUGGUGCUGCUGGAGCUGCAGAAGAAUUGCCCGCACGUGUUUGACAGGGUCGAGGUGUACGUGGACGGCGGCGUCUCGCGCGGGACGGAUAUCUUCAAGGCCUUGUGUCUUGGUGCCAAGGCCGUGGGUGUUGGGAGGGGGUUGCUGUACGGGCUUAAUUAUGGUGCCGAGGGCGUGGAGCGAUACAUUGAGAUCCUGCGAGACGAACUGGAGACAACAAUGAAAAUGUGCGGCGUCACAAAUCUAAACCAAGUCCACCCGGGUUUCCUCAAUACCUUGGCCGUGGACCACCUUAUCCCGGGACGACAGGGAAACCCAAAUACACCCUGGCGCCGUGACUUACACAGCAAGCUGUAA